AAAAGGGCAACAGCAAUGGCAGCCACAAGAAGCAGAAGCAGCAACAACAGACACAACAACAUAUUCCACAACAAUUGUUGACAGUGCAACAUGAACAACAGCAACAACAACAUUCACUACAAAAUUUCCCACCGCACAACAGUUACAACAAAAACAACAACAAUAACAACAAUCAUUUAAAUAGGAAUAAUAAAAUCAGUUCCAACGAUGUGAAUAUUAAAUCAGAUUCUAUAUCUGCGAAUGUGAUGUAUGGCCAAAUGAGUGCUGCAGUUGCCGGCAAACGCACCAUCCACAGCAACAGCCAGAAUAACAUGAACAGCCAAAACAACAACAACAACAACAACAACAUUCACACAUUAGGCAGCAAAAACAAGAACAACAUGCAACAUACCCAAAACAACACAACAACUUUAACUGCGUCCAGUAUGCUAUUAGUAAGCCCUUCCAUUCCUUCGCUUCAUAUUCGUGAGAUUCCGUUCUUGCCAGUGCAGUUUCUCUAAACCACAUUGAACCACUAAACAGAUACAAUAACAAAAUACAGUUAAACAAUAACAACAAGAAACAAGCAACCACAACAAAUCGAGAGCAACAUCACAAAUACUUUGUACACUAAAUGGAAAGAAUAUUUACAAACGAAACCUCUAAUAUAUAUACAUACUUAUAUAUACAUACGUGUAUAUACUAGAUACAAACAUAUACAAUAUAUAUAUUAAAAUAAUUAAUAUAAUAUAUAUGUAAUAUAUAUAUUUUUUUGAGUGCAAGGAAACCGUUGGAUGAUAAUACAGCUGGAUCAACAAAUUGAUAUUUUAACCUUGUGUUGGCUGAUGGACGAUGAACGACAGACAAUUUAUGCCAAGGAUAUAUUGUCCGGUUUUUUAAUCUAUAUUUACACGAAGAGCAAAACAUCUUUAAGAUAUUCGUAAUAAAAGUGCGU